CGAGCGCAGGCACCGGGACGGGACCGCCCGCUGCAGGCCCCGCCGCCGGCCGGGACGCGGCUCCUCAGGGGGAAGCAGGUCCAAAGUGUAAUUUGGUGUUAAGGACCUAAAUAAUUUCCUUCUCUGCUCAAAACUGGGGGCGUGCUGCAGACUGAAAGCUGAGGAAGUCCUUCCUUUGUUGCAGAAAGCAAAAGUUGUUCAGAAAAAAAAAGUCCUCGAGUGUCCUUCCGAGCAGUUUGUUCCUGUGGGGACAAUCCAGUCGUGUCACUGCUGGGCUGAUGUCAGGACAAGGACUCACCUGCAUGCAAAAGUUCCUAACCCCCUGCUGCAAAAAACCUCCAGAAUGGAAAGAAAUGCUCCUGCCAGUUACAGAGAAGCAAAAUGAAACUGACGGUGACGGUGCCUGCGUACUGCAAAGGUUGAAGAAAAAACCCCAAUAGAAGCCACAGCCUAUCCUUUGAUGAAAUCCAGGCAGCAUGUGUAAUAAAUCCUGUGUGGAGGCUGUGAUCCCUGAUACUCCAGCUAGCAAGGUUAUGGCAGUGAUACUGCAUAUGGAGUGAGAACCUGAGUUCAAACACUUUUUUAAAUGAAGAUGGUACUAUGUGGGCGAGCUGCUGUAACUGGUUCUGUGUGGAUGGCUCCCCUGAGGAGAUGCAGCCGCCGGCGGCAGCCCGAGCCCAGGCCUAUUCCAACCCUGGCUACAGCUCCUUCCCCUCUCCCACUGCUUCUGAGCAGAGCUGCAAAGCCUGUGGGAUGCACUUCGACAGCUCCUCCAGCAAGCACAUCUGCUUGGACUGUAAGAAGAACUUUUGCACGUCCUGCUCAAACCAGCCCGAGGAUGGGCCCCUGCUCUGCCACCUCUGCCAGCGCUUCCGAGCCACGGCUUUUCAGCGGGAGGAGCUGAUCAAGAUGAAGGUGAAGGAUCUGCGAGAUUACUUGGCCCUCCGAGAGAUUUCCACAGAGUUCUGUCGUGAAAAAGAGGACCUGGUAUUCCUGAUCCUUGGCCAGCAGCCUGCAAUUACCCAGGAAGAUCAGAUAAGAACAAACACAUUUAAUACCAGUGAACAGCAAGGCUUUGUGAGUCACCCCCCAACCAACCUGGCCUCUCCUACCUCACACGAUGAGUCCUCAGUGUCUGCAGAUCCCAUCUCAAGUUCAGAAGCUCAGGAACACCAACAGGCCAAUGGCCAUGUGCCUCCGAGCCCAGCCUGUGGAACAGCAGCUGAGAAUGCAGCAGAAGAAGCAGCAGCAGAGGAUGAGAUACAGUCGAGUGACUCCGAGGAUAACCUGGUGCUGGGCAGGAAGGCCUCCCUGUCUGACCUGACGAGCGUCGGGGACAUCAACGCGCUCUCCGUGCGGCAGCUGAAGGAAAUCCUCGCCCGCAACUUCGUCAACUACAAAGGCUGCUGUGAGAAGUGGGAGCUGCUGGAGAGGGUCACUCGCCUCUACAGAGAGAAGGACCUUCAACAUCUAGUUUUGGACACUGAUGAUCAAACUGGUGGUGCCGGGCCCCCCAGCACCGAGGACAACCUGUGCAGGAUCUGCAUGGAUGCUCCCAUCGACUGUGUGCUGCUGGAGUGUGGGCACAUGGUGACGUGCACCAAGUGCGGGAAGCGCAUGAGCGAGUGCCCCAUCUGCCGCCAGUACGUGAUCAGGGCCGUGCACGUCUUCAGGACAUAGAGGUGCCUCUGGGCUCAGGGCUGCUGUGCCUUAAAGCCUCAGUGCUCUUAGGGAAAGGGCCAACAGCUCCCUUGGAGAUCAGCAUGGACUCUGCUGCAGGAGAGGCAAGGAGGAAGCCUGGGGAAAGCGCUCUGCUCAAGCCAUGCCCGACUCUGCUCAUCCCACCAUCGUGCUUUACACCACAGUGCCUGGACUCCUUGGAGCUCAUUGCCAGCAAUCAUUAACCACCUCCAUCCUAGGAAAACGUGAGGACAGAUGGAUGCCCAGCUUUCCACCAGGAAGAUCCGCUCCAGAGGCUUUGUAUUUUCCUCUGAAUAAAAAAAGUGAACUGGGGUCUCAAAAAGUGUCCUUUGUUUUGCUGCUCAGGCUACGCCCAGCAACAACUUGAUUUUCAAAGAUUAAAAUGUCACUGUGCUUGUUUAUUUUAUUUUUAAUUUAAUGUAAAAUUGUUAUGCUUGCAGGACAGGCAGACCAUCCCUGCUUUCCCCAAUUCCAGCCUAGUGCAAUUGUGGAAAAAUGUGUAAUUUUAUAUCAAGGUUGUCUUUGUAUUAUUGAAAACUGUUGGGGAGGGAGGCUGGGAAGGCUCAGUCUUUCCCUAUGUGCUGGGUUUUGUUUCUGUGCCAGAGAGAAGGUUCUAGUUUGAUUUUGUCAACUUUGACUUCACAGCACGUGCCAGAGGUGGGGCUCAAACUGAACUGCCCUCACUUGCUGAGGGAGCUACAAAUCCAAGGCUUGAGUCUUCCCCAGGGUUUAGUGAGGAAACCACAGAGCUGCAGAGGAGUGAGGACUCCACUGCUACACAAUCAUAUUUAAGUACAGGUAACUUUGUCUUUUUUUAGAAGGGAAUCAUGGAAGAAAGCCUUCGUAUCCCUUGGAUCCAGGAGCAAUCUCCACUGCAGAUCAGCUUGCCCAUCCUCCCCAGGGCUCAGUUUUACAGUUCUGUUACCUUCCACUGCUUGUCAAAAGCAGUUUUGUCCUUUCUGCUGGUGAGGGUGGGGAGAGAGGCUGUGUCCUGAUCCCUGACAGCUCUCCUGGGCAGCGUGUUCAGCUGGAAGAGAUUUGCUAGAGCAGUCUGGCAGUUCUUGCUGGAGGUGAUUGUAACUGGUGUAUUCUCUCCUCAGUGGCCUGCAGGCAUCCAGGGCUUCAGGACUGACUUCAGCAUCCUGCUGCCCUCAGUGCCCACGAGCAGGGGACUGUGCCCUCACUGCAGGGCAGCUGAGGCUGAGCCCCUCUGUGCAGAGCUGUCCUGGGGACAGGGGAUGGCUCCGUGUUCCAGCCUGGCUGCCAGCAGAGAACAGCACAAACCCAGGGGGGCUCUGCAGAGACUCCCCUCAGCUCCUGGGGCACUGAAGUGCAGCUGCAGGGACAGCACCAGAGCUCCUGUGCAGUGGCAAUGAUGCCAACAGCACAUGCACCUGGUGUGCUCUGCACAGGGCAGUUCCAGGAGCUGCAGCCAGUGCAGGGACUUUGCUCUGGGCACUGCAGCCAAAACAGCACCUGGGAUGAGAAAUCCAUGGCUCAGGAGGCAGCAGGAGAGGGCCAGGGAUUUCUCACUGAGGUGCUCCCAGAACUCCACACAUUGACUGAACUCAGCAUUCUGAGUUCUACCUCUGUCCCAGGUCAGGCUGCUCUGUAAUCUCUGACUUAAGAUCCAGCAUGAGAACAAACUGAACAAGUCAGUGCACCACGACAGAGAAAAGGGCAGGUAAGAAGUGACUGUUUGCUCUGGAGAGAGCACAGGGACCUCGAAGAGCUGCAGGAAUAAACAACAGCCUCAUUUAGCAAAUCCACUGUGAAAAUUCAUGUUGUCAUGUUUUUCAGUGAACUCAGGGCUGGGGGAAUUUAGCAGGAUGAUUCCCCUAUGGAUAGAUGUACUUUUCCUUGUAGAAGGUAGGCUUAAUUUUCUACAGCAAUUAAAUCAAGCUGCAGAUCAAUGCCUGAAAUUUUAGGGAUGAGAAGAUCCACCCACCCUGUGACUUCAAAAUGUGCUUUGUGAAGGGAGGACUCUUCUUGUUUCCCCUGUAAAAAUGGAAUCUCUACUUAUGGAUAUGAGUGAGUUGUUUUUAAAGGAAAAUCAAAACCUGGAGGAAACUGAUUAAUGAUCCAAAGGAAUAUAAUGGUCUGAACUAAUAAAGUAAAUGGAAAUAUUUAUGUGCUUUAUGUACACUGUACAUUGUUUAAAGAUUUUAAAACUUAAUAUUCUACUUGAAAGGGCAUGUUAUUCACUAUUAAAUUCUCUGGUACUAUGACAGUUCAACUUACUAGUUUUGGUACAGAAGUUUGGUUUAUAAUUUUAUAAUAAAGUUGAAUUGUGUUUAGUUAA